AUGAUCCGCCUAGUCAUCUUCGACGCAUUCGGCACGAUCCUGGCGCCCCGGCUGCCAGUAUACGUCCAAUACUCGCAGACCUUCGCCCCGUAUCUGGGCGUCCUAGACCCAGAUGCAUUGAAGAGCGCAUUCAGAGUUGCCUUGAAGCAGUUACAAGUGGAGAAACCAGUGUACGAGAAUGGCGCGGAGGGAUGGUGGGGAGAAGUCAUCAAGCGGACGGCUGUCGGGGCAGGAGCAGACCCGCAAACCGUGGACAAGUCCCUUCCUGAGAUUGUCCCAAAGCUCAUGAAACGAUUUAGCUCGAGGGAAGGUUACAAGGCAUUCGAUGAUUCACUCCCAACUCUGGAGAAGUUGCGCGCGAUGGGCGUCAAGUCUGCGCUCGUCAGCAAUGCAGACUCGCGGAUGCGCCUGGUUCUGGACGACCUAUCCCUCUCGCCCCACCUCACCGAGAUCCUCAUCAGCGAGGAAGAGGGCAUAGAAAAACCCGCCAAGGAGAUAUUCGCCAGGGCAUGUCAGCGUGUCGGUGUAGGACUGGACGAAGCAGUCCAUGUCGGCGACGAACUUGACGGAGAUUACUACGGAGCGAGCAAAGCCGGCCUGCAGGCCCUCCUGGUACGCCGUCCGGGCCCAGAGGGAGAUGACGAGCGAAAAGAAGAGGGGGAGAACCUGUGCGGUGUCACCGUUGUCCACAGCUUGCUAGAAGUGGCAGACUGGGUGCAACAGAAGAACAGCGGUAAAAAGUAG